GCGCGCAUGCGCCCUCAAGUGAAUGAAGACAAUAGUCGCGGAUAGCGCAGCUCUUGCUGCUGCGUUGCUGCUACAAUGUGCGUCUGCGCAGUUUUGAUAAGCGGGCGCGAGCCAUAGAAUCUCUAUGGUAUCCGCCCCCUCCUUGGUGGUAGUGAUUCCGAGGGGCGGGGAAGAGGUUUUGUUCUCUUGUCUUCCGCUCAACCCCCCCCCCCCCCCGCCCGGCGCGAAACAUGGACGACCUGCCAGUGAAGACGGAGCACGUGACGGUCGGCGGCGCGUGGCUCUUGGUGCUGAGCUCCGUGUUCCUGUGUAACCUCCUCAAAAUCCUCCUGCCCUCCUGCUCCUCUGUUAUAUCGAGAUUGCUACAAAAGGAUGCUGAGCAAGAAUUUCAGAUGAGAUCUGAAAUUCAGAACAUGAAGCAAGAACUUUCUACUAUCAGUAUGAUGGAUGAAUUUGCCAGAUAUGCUCGACUAGAAAGGAAGAUUAACAAAAUGACUGACAAGCUUAAGACUCAUGUGAAAACACGAACUGCACAACUUGCCAAAAUAAAAUGGGUAAUAAAUAUUGUGUUCUACAUUUUGCAAGCUGCCUUAAUGAUCUCCCUAAUUUGGAAAUAUUACUCCGAACCAGUAACUGUACUCCCAGACAAAUGGUUAGCUCCCUUAGAACGUUUAGUGGCUUUUCCAACAGGAGUGGCAGGUGGUGUUGGCAUUACAUGUUGGUUGGUGGUAUGCAACAAAGUUGUGGCCAUUAUGCUUCAUCCCUUCAGCUGAGAGAGAAUCCAGAUUUCGCUGUUCUAUCUAUUAUCAUCAUGUUUUCAAAUGUGUUCUCUUUGUUAAUGAAAGGCAGUGUACAUGUCUUGCAACAUCUGGAACAAUAAACAUCUAUGAAAGGGAACAGGUUUUAGGAGCAAAUAAUAAAGCAUUCAUAGUUUAUUUUUUGUAAGAUGCGAUUAAUAUUUAUUAAAUUUGUUUUUAAUAUUUAUGUAAUGUAUUUGUGCUGUCCUACAUAUAUUCCUCAAGAUCUGAUUGUUGGUUUUGUACAGUUUUAAUAUAUUCAGAUUUUGUUGAAAUCAAUAGUGGUUUAAUUGUGUAGUUUUCUUAAAACAGUUCUUUUUUGCAAUGAGUAUUAAAAGAGGAGACAUUGAACAUGAGGCUUGUACAGUGUCCUUGAGACAUAUUACAUAUUUUAGAAAAAAAGAUGAAAGAUUUUUUUUCUCGUUCGAGACAAAAUAAGCAGUUCAUAAAACUGAAUGUUUAAAGUUUCAUUUAAUGUAGGUGUUUUCUUUGUUUGAAUAUUGGGAGUUUGGUUUUGAUUUUAGAUCACUUUGGUGUUUGGUAAGCUGAGAACUAGCAUCAAAACCAUGUACAUUUGGCCUUCUACAGUUGUAGAUGGAGAACCCUCUAAUGUGGAAAAAUGGUAAAUAUCUCCAGGGGCAGGCAAGGCUUCUUUGUAUAGACAGCAGGUGUGGGGAUUUCUGUGUUUUCUCCAAAGCCAUAUGGAGCAGAGAGUGGCAAUUUAAAAGCACCUGUCUGACUAUACCAAAGCUAUAUAUACAUGCAAGUGAAAGAGCACAGUGGAGGAAGGAAUGGCAAGGAGGGCAGGAGUGUUCUUUUUUGUGGCUCCACCUCGUUUCUACUACCUGUGUAAAUGUAGGGGAAAAGUAUCUGUCCCUCACAGCCCUCUCAUACCUUGUGUUAUUUCAGUAAUUUGGAACAGUCACUUUGCAGCUAUUUACAGCCACAGUGGCGCAAUGAGUUAAACCCUUGUGCCAGCUGAACUGCUGACUUGAAGGUUGGUGGUUUGAAUGUGUGAGAUGGGGUGAGCUCCUGCCUGUCAGCCCUAACUUCCCACUUGGGGACAUGAGAGAAGUUUCCCCGCAGGAUGGUAACAAUCUGGGUGUUCCCUGGGCAACUUCUUUAAAGACGGCUGAUUCUCUCACACCAGAAGCAGCUUGCCUCAAUUUGCUUCUGACACAAUAAAAACAUAAAAAUAAACCUAUUUGUAAUUGGUCACAUCCAGAAACGCUUAAAAUCAACAAGGUUUGGACAAAAACACACCAUGUUGUAAGGGACCCUGGGUGAGCACUACCUGAAUGUGUUUCACAGGUUUUAACAAGGAAUUAUCUUGUGCACUGAUCCUUCCAUAGUGCUCCCCUCCUGCACCCACAGUGGACACUUAUUUUUAUGCCCGUAUUUCAUGCUAGGCUAUCCCCACCUGCCCCUCUCCCCCUUGCUGGGUUUGGCAAGGGGAGAAAGGGCAGGUGGGGAUAGCCCAGCAAAGACUGCUGCAGGGUCCUGGGUGCUGUUCCUUCCAGUUUCCAAGCCCGAACCAUCUGCUUCUUCACCACCUUUGUACCGGCCUCCUUUUGUGCUCCUUCCUGGCCCUUGCAUCCUUGCCAUACCCAGGGAAGCAAAGCAAUCCCAGUCUUUUUCCUCUCCUCCUCUAGCCAGCCACCUCUUCCUGGCUCCUCCCUUCAGAGAGAGAUGAGAGAGGAGGGCUUCCUUUGAUUGCUCCUUCUUCCUGCCUAACCAGGAACUUGUUUUGUCUCUGCUGUUUUCUCCUAUUCUUUAGCCUGCCAUUGCCUUUUCUCUUAAAGCCACUAAGAUGCUACCUCUCUGGCCACUGGCCACGCCUCAGCACUUCUGAGAAACCUACAGAAGGGGGACUUCAAUGCCAGGAAAGAAGUGAACAAUUUCCAACAAUUUAGAGACUGAUGGGAGGUGUAUGGUGACUGAAAUCACUACUGCCUCACCCUCAACCUGUGAAUAACACAGCCCCCCAUGUUAUGAACCUGAUGUUCUUUUUGAUCGAGAGCAAGAUAUCGUAAGGGAAUUCUAUCCUAUCUCGCUCUGGAUCAAAAAGAACAUCAGGUUCAUUACACACACACACACACAAAAUCUUGGUGUCUUGGUUUUUAGGCCUAUUCCUGGUGUUUUACGGGAUUUUUUAUGGGCGAGCAGGUAAAGAGUGAUAUAAGGCAUAUGUUUGUAUCUUAAAAACUAGAGCUGAUAAGGGGAAACGUGUCAUUUUUGAAAUCAUCAGAUCAGAUAUGCCCAGAAACAGGUAUAAUGUUUGAGGCACCAAAAUUUGUGUUGGCCAGUGUAAUCAAAUUAGUGAGUGCCAACCUCACAAAUGUGGAAGCCCACCAGUAUGCCCCUUGUUUCAUCUUCUACACUUAAAUAUCGGUAUCAUUAAAACUAAUUUCUUGUUAAAUUUGACUAGAAUCUAAACGGAGAUGCAAAGGGCUUUAGAUUUUAUUUAUUACAUUUUGAAAUCACUGUUUACAUGACUGCAACAUUAGACAGAAAAUGGCGUGUAACGACAGUAUUUUAGAAGUGUUGACAUUUUAAAGUACACAAAACUUCCAACUUGUUUUUUUAUGGAGAAUCUUGUCUGAUGAAAUACAGUAAGUGUAAAUUCUCUUUUCAAGCCACUGUAUAUUGUAGCAUCUGGGGAACAGUGCUUUCUGCAUGCUUCAUGGAACUAGAUAGCUAAUACUUGUCUCCACAAUGGUUGUGGAAAUGUGUUUUGUUGACUUUUUGUGACUCUUAGAAACUCUGUUAAUCCAAGGUAUUGGAACAUUUUGGCAGGGUAAGGUUUGUCCCCCAAAAGUAGUUUAAAGGAUAUUGGUGAUUACAUCGUACAAGUACCUCCAUUCAUAUAUAUAUCUAUGCUAAAAUUCCUAAACAAAAGUGUUGUGUGUAUCAAUCUGUUCAUAUUUGUAUCAUCCAUUUCUACCUAUGAUAACUGAAUAGCUUUCUUAUUCCCAUAUAGGGGAUAGGAAAACUGUCAACCCAAGCCUUCCCUGCUUCUUGGUGUCUUCCCUGUGCUUUCAUCAGCUAUGCUGGAUCUAUUUGUUAGAGAAGAUGUUCCUGCACCACUGAGAGCUGAUUUGCUGUUUGACAGAAUACAGCAACUUCUUGAUUCUAAGUAAAAGAAUGGCAGGAGGAUAAAUUCCUUAUUUGUAGAAACAAUUCUGAAGUCUGUUCUGUUCUGUUACACUAACUUGUAAUCUGCAUUGUUCUGUGGUAGUACAAUAGUAAAAAAAAAUUUUAAUUAGAAGAAAAGGUUUAAAUGUAUUAGUCAAUGCUAUUUUCACCAAAAUGUGGGGUGCAUUUGGAAACAGCAAACAAACAUGUAUAUAUCGCUUUAAUAAUCAUAGGCACUGUUAUAACACAUUUCUUUGCAUAUGGGUUCACAUAGUGAGAUGAAAUUGACAGUGUAAUUUAGUUUAUGAAAGUGAGAAUACUAUUUUUAGCAGUACUCUUGUAUGCAGUUUCUGCUAUAAUUUACAGCCAUUUGAUCAGUCUUAAAAUAUGUCCAUACUAGUUUACAUAAAUCCUACACAGAUUUGUUGUUAGCAGAAUAUUGUAAAUCCCAGUUCAUCCAAUCUUCAUGCCUCACUACCCUGACUUUAGCUAUGCAUGUAUUUUAACUGCUUCACCGGUAUUUAUUUAGAGACGUCCUAGAAUGGAAUCAGCAAAAGUUAUGUACUGGAAAAUAGGCAGGCAUUUACUACUUUUUCCACAAAGAUUUGCACCAAUCCCUAUUCAGUACAAUUCUUUCAAAGCAUUGUAACCAGCUUAUUUUUAUGCUUUCUCUGGUAGUACAACUGUCAUUGAUCUUUAUUUUAGAUUCUUUAACAUACUGUGUGGCAUAGUAAAACAUGUUUCAUUUUGAAAUACUGUAUUAAAUAAUAUCGUGUAUA